AUGUACAGAAUGGAGAUAGAAACUAUAAACACUUUAGUUAGUGGGGAGAUGUAUUAUGCAGAUUUGAGAACAAAGUUACUUCUUAAUCAGAACAAACCAGCCAUCAUCAAUAUCAAUAUAGGAACAACAUUCAAAGGAGCUAUUGAUGACAUCGAUUCGAUUGUACAAGCACUUGAAUAUUGUGGUUAUUCAAAUGACAAGUAUUACAUUCACUGUGAUGCUGCAUUGUAUGGGUUGAUUGUCUCCUUUAUCAAACAUGUAAUUACCUUCAAGAAGCCAAUUGGCAGUAUUUCAGUAUCAGGCCACAAGUUCUUGGGAUGUCCAAUACCUUUUGGCAUUCAGAUGACAAGGAAAAGUAAUGUUAAUAGCCUCUCAAAUAUUGAGUAUAUAGCCUCUGCAGAUAUGACGAUUUCUGGUAGUCGAAAUGGCUUAGCACCAAUAUUUUUAUGGUACAGUUUAAGCAUGAAAGGUUAUGUUGGAUUGUGGCAAGAUUCCAAAAUGUGCAUUGAAAAUUCCCAAUAUUUGAAAGAUCAACUUCUUAAAGAAGGAAUUAGCGUUAUGCUCAAUGAGUUCAGCACUACAGUCGUUUUUGAACGGCCUUGUGACCAUAAAUUCAUUAGUCAUUGGAAACUGUGUUACUUAAGUGGUAUCGCACAUAUUGUGGUUAUGUCAGGCAUCACAAGAGAAAUCAUAGACAGCUUUCUCAAGGAUCUAAUGCAAGAGAGGAAAAAGUGAUACCAGGAUGAAGCAACUCUACCUCCU